UCCAUCUUCAGUCACCUUUUAUAUGUUCUCUUUUUUUAUUGGUCAAAAUUAUUUUCCAAGAUGUCUGCUACCAUGGUGGAUCAUGUUGUCGCCGAUUCGGGAGCGUUUUUAAAGAAUGCGCAGUUACAGGAAUUUGGAAAAAACCUCUAUACACUGAAAGAAGUGGUCAGUGAAAUCAGGGACAAAGAAACCAAAAAAAGGCUGGCAUUUCUGCCGUAUAAGCUGGAGUUAAAGGAACCUUUGCCUGAGUAUGUGAAACUGGUGACUGAAUUUUCAAAAAAGACUGGUGACUACCCAAGUUUAUCAGCUACAGAUAUUAAAGUGUUAGCUCUCACAUACCAGCUGGAAGCUGAGCAUGUCGGGGUCAGCCAUUUAAAAAAGGAACCAGAAGUAAAAGUUUUGGUAAACAGCACACACAGACACCCAGAAACCCCUUUUGAUAUUGCUGGAUUUCACUUUCCGUCUAAGAAUACAACAGAGAAGCCUUCUAACAUUUGUUCAAACUUAGAAACACUUGCACCAGUGGACACUGAAUUCAACAGUUUUCAGUUUUGGAGGAAUCCGUUACCUAAUAUAGAAGCUGAACUUCUAGAAUUACUGGAAUUUAAUGAGCCUCAGAAAACAAAGCAUACUGAAGAGAAAUAUUCUGAGGAAGAUGAGGGAAUCGAUGGUGAAGAUGAUGAUCAAGGGAGAGAAGACUUUGGUCAUAAUAGUGAUGAUGAGGACGAUGAUGGUGGCGGUUGGAUAACUCCAAGUAAUAUCAAACAAAUCCAGCAGGAAAUGGGAUACUCUGAGAUUCCUGCACAAGUAACUGUGGGCUGUUUGACUACAGAUUUUGCUAUGCAGAAUGUACUGAUUCACAUUGGCCUGAAUGUCCUCUCUGUCAACGGAAUGCUCAUCAAACAAGCAAGAAACUUUGUUUUACGUUGUCAUGCCUGCUUCAGGACAACUUCCAACAUGACAAAGGUAUUUUGUCCAAACUGUGGAAAUAAAACUCUAAAGAAGGUUUCUGUGACAAUUCAGGGAGAUGGCACUUUUCAGAUGCAUUUUUCACGUAACCCCAAAGUGCUCAAUCCCAGAGGCCUGCGGCAUUCUCUCCCAAAGCCCCAGGGUGGUAAGCAUGCUCACAACCCUCACCUCGUGGAAGACCAGAGGUUCCCCCAACAGCGGCUGUCCAGGAAAGCCCGGAAGAAGACAAACGUGUUAGACCCCGAUUACAUUGCUGGGGUGUCUCCUUUUUGUGAAAAUGACGUUUAUAGUCGAGCUGCCAACCUUAACAUCCGUGAUGAGCGGUCUGGUGCUGGUCGCCGCAGGAUCAACCCAAAUAUGGCUGGCAAGAAAAAUGUGAAAAGAAAAUGAGAGCAUUGCAUAUAGAAUUUAUUUUUGGUUAUUCUGUAUGGACUAAAUGAUGGCACUCUUGAUACUAAAUUAUGGAUUGCUUAAUAUUUUGA